UAUCAGUUAAAUAUUUCUGUUUUUGUAACUUUACUUUGGAUGUGCUGUAGCCUUUUCCCCGUUUCCUCUGUCACACUGUGGUGUAGGUCACAGGCUGUGGAUGCUCUAAUUGUCCUCUGUACCUUUAAGGGAACCACGCACCUUUUUCAUCCAGCAGAUUCUGUGUGAUAUGAACUAUCAUCAAUUUACGGGAACCUUUAUUCCCAGAGUGGAGCAGAUGAGGAGAGACUGAUGCUGGAGGGAGCAGUCUUUGUUUUUUUGUCAGAACAAAAGCUUAGGAUAAAAUGUAUAAUUUGAUUUAUUAAUUAUAUAUUAACAUGGAAUCAAGUUUUUUUUCUGCUGUAAUUCCUACUCUUGUGCGUUAACAGUUUUUUAAUCUUUCCUUUUCUUUGGCUAUAAUUCAGAUAUGUGUAUUUUUGCAGUCCGUGUGUUUUUGGGAAUCCUUCUUUGUGCACCAUACCAGUGCUUGGAGUGUCCUUUUGGCUGCGAGUGUUUUGCUGUCACUCGCACAGUGAAAUGUGUCUCUAAGGAUCUGCUCACGGUGCCACAAAGUGUUCCAGGAUAUGCAAGGACUGUCAUCAUCACAGGGAAUAAUAUACACCAGAUUGCACCUGAUUCGUUUACAGAGAUGGAGAAUGUCACCAACAUAAUUUUAAGCAAUAAUAGAAUUACAGAGAUGGCAUCUCACAGCUUCUCUGUCCUCAUCAACCUGCGCUUCCUGGACCUCAGUGGGAACCAGCUGGCCCUCAUCCAUCCGGAGGCUCUCAGUAUACCCGGCAGUCCCCUUCAGGAGCUCAACCUGAGCCGUUCGCUGUACAACUUCACCGCCCUGACAGACCUCACCACGGCUCUACGCUGGGGGGGCCUUGGGGGUCUCCUCCGCCUCGACCUCUCUGGGAACCACCUCGCCCUGCUUCCCCCAGGCAUGUUCUCCCACCUUCCCAAUCUGCAGCAGCUCUUCCUCACCAACAACUCUCUGGUAGCUGUCUACAGUGGGACGUUCUCUGGUAUGAACCAUCUGGAAGUGCUGGACCUGACACAGAAUGCCUUCAGAAUAUUCAGGGCCGAGGCUCUACAAGAGCUGGAGAAGCUCGGGAAUAUCCACAUCCACCUUGGUAACAACCCUUAUACUUGCUCUUGUGAAAUCCGUAAUUUUGUCACUUGGCUGAAUGAAUCAAGAGCUCUGCUAGAUGUGGAUGCUGUGAGAUGUGCUUCACCUGGAGCGUUAACCGAAGCCCGUCUGCAAAGACUCAGUGUCCAGGCUAUUGGGUGUGUUGUUCCAGUCCAAGCAGGGGUGGCUGACCUCACCCUCCAGACAUCUUAUGUUUUCCUAGGGCUGGUGCUGGGGUUUGUGGGGAUGGUCUUUCUUUUUGUGCUCUACCUGAAUCGCAAAGGCAUGAAGAAUUGGAUCAUUGAAAUGAGGGAUGCAUGUAGAGACGUUAUGGAGGGAUAUCACUACCGAUAUGAGAUCGACUCGGACCCCCGGCUGGGGCACAUUACAGCAAAUAAGGGUGGCAGCCGGGCACAAGCGCAUUUAAGAUUAGCUCUGUCACAGCAGCUGCCAAAUGAUACCUGCAUUGUUCAGGUUCCCUCAGACACACAGAUCAAACAGGUGACAACCUUCCCACCUAUGAACUUAUGA